AACUGAUUUCUUUGUUUACCGCAGUUUUGACCUUGUAUACUACCGAAAAUUUAAAAUGGUUGAAGAUGCCAAAUUUUUGAAAAGAAAAAUACGCGCUGGUUCCAUAGAUGUGCAUCCAACAGAAAAAGCACUUGUUGUGCAUUAUGAAACGGAGGCCACAAUUCUUGGGGAACUAGGAAAUCCCAUGGUUGGGGAUCGUAAGGAAAGUCAAAAAAUAAUUCGAGUUAGAAAUUUGAAUGAAAACACAGAUAUCCCUGAGCUGGCUAAAAAGAUCAUCUCAAGCUGCAAGUUGAUAUCGGAGAACAAAUAUCCACAAGUUGAACACUUGCUAAAGUAUUUGCUGAAUAGAAAAGAGACGAAGAUAGUUAAAAAUCAAAAACCAUCAAUCAUAUCAGAAACACUUGCUGAUCCCGGAGCAUUUGAUUCAACUGAAAUAGAUGAAAUCGCUCAUUUGGCUGAACUAGAUGAUUACUUAGAACUACUCUAUGAAGGUAUAUCGGAAAAGCUACGUGCAUCAGCUUUAAUUUUACAACUUGCAAGAAAUCCUGACAAUUUAGAGGAGCUGUUUCAAAAUGAAACCCUUAUUGGUGCUUUGGCAAGAGUUCUGCGUGAAGACUGGAAAAAGAGUACAGAUUUAGCAACGAACAUAGCCUAUAUAUUCUUCUGUUUUUCUUCCUUCUCAAACUUUCACGGAGUAAUAUUGCAUUUUAAAAUUGGUGCAUUAAUUAUGAACAUCAUUGACCAUGAAUUAAAAAAAUAUGACUUAUGGGUUGAAGAGCUAGAUAGAAAACACAAAUUAUCGAACAAUAAAUCUGAAACGGGUUUGACAACGGAUGAUAAGUGUUUGGUGGAUGAAGCACAAAGUAAUUAUGAAACAAGCUUUUUGAAGUAUACAUCACUAGUCAGGAAACAAGAACAGUUGUUUAGAGUUUCCUUUUACUUACUGCUGAAUAUCAGUGAAGACCUUAGUGUUGAAAUUAAAAUGCAUAAUAAAGGAAUAGUUAGUAUGAUCUGUAAAUGUUUGAACCGAGACAAUUUCGAACUGCUAAUACUACUUGUGUCAUUUUUGAAAAAAUUGAGUAUAUUCUCUGAGAACAAGGAUGAAAUGUUAAAAAAUGGUAUAAUUGAGAAAUUAUCCAAAAUGUUAUGUAGACCAGAAGAGGAUCUCGUUAAUUUAUGUUUACGUUUGUUAUAUAACCUUAGUUUUGAUACAUCUGCUAGACUAGAAAUGGUGUCCAAAGGUGUUUUAAAUAAAAUUGUAGGAUUAUUAGAAAAUACUCAACAUCAACCAGUAGCUUUGUACAUACUAUACCAUUUAACAACAGAAGCUCAAUCAAGACCGGCAUUUGUCAAUACACAAUGUUUACCAUUUCUUAAGAAGUUAAUACUAGAAAAUCCUGAAGAGAAAUCUGAUUUAAUUCCAAUGGCUCUAGGUAUUAACUUGGUAUUAGAUAAUCAAUGUGCAAAUGCUAUGCUUGGUGAAAGUCGAUGUUUUAAACUGAUGAGUAAACGUGCAAUAAAAUUCCGUGAUCAAUUAAUCAUGAAGUUACUACGUAAUGCAACACGGAACAAUGAUUUAUUAAAACUAAAGAUGGUAGAUUUUCUACCAGAAUUAUUAAAAAUCGUAACUGAUGAAAAACCCUUUUUGAUGAAUACACCGAGAAAUCUUUAUCCUUCUACAAAACCAACUCGAUAUGAUGAAUUGAAGAUAAGUGGUAAAAAGCAUUUGAACAUUGAAGUAUUGAACUCCAAAAUCAACCAGAAUAACACUUCAAGUUUAUUAGGAAACCGCUUAAAGAUGAAAAUUUACAAAACUGACGACGGUAAUAAUGGUAGUUGUGGUGAAGGUGAUGAUAACGACAAAGAAAAAGAUGAUGAUGAUGACGACGAAAAUGAAUUUAGAAAAAAAGAAGAAGACUUCAAAUUUGAAUGUUUAGGUUGUUUAGCUAACCUUAAUCUUAAGGAUAUUCAGUACAGUAAAGUAAUCACUGAAUUUAGUUUGCUCAAAUGGAUCAAAAGCCAUCUGGAAAGCGUACAUGUUCAAAAACCAAAUGAUAUUUUAAAUAGAACUCCCGAAGUUAUCAACGGUUUUGGACCAAGUUUUUCAUCAUCAAUGUUUCCCAAUCACCCAGAUGAUGAAAUUUUAGAAAUUGUACGAAUGCUUAGUGCCAUAUGCCAGGAUCCUGAUGCAGGUAAAAUGGUAAUUGAAGCUGGAGUCGUACACAAUUUGAUCAGUUUAUUGAACGUUAAACAGGAGGAUGACGAAAUAGUUUUUCAAAUUGUCUUCACAUUUUUUCAACUAACUUUCCAUGAAUCAACAAGAAAUUUGUUAGUGAAAACGACACAAGCUGUUGCUUAUCUUGUCGAUUUGAUGCACGAUAAAAAUGCCGACAUUCGAAAACUUUGUGAUAUUACUUUGGACAUUGUUUGUGAAUAUGAAUCUGAUUGGAGAAUAAGGAUUCAAACACAACGUUUUCGUUGGCAUAACAGCCAAUGGUUAGAAAUGAUUGAUACAGCAACUAAACCUAGUAUUCUUGAUAAUUCAGACUCAACAACUGAGGCAGCAUUAGCAGCUGUCCUUGGCGUCGGUCAUGCUCGAUCUCAAUAUCAUUCUAAUUUAUUAACUGAUGAUGAGUUAAAUAAUAUUGUUAAUAGAGAUGAUAACGAUAAUCGUGGUUACUUUGGAAUGGGAUUGGAUAUUGAUGAUGCAGCAGCAUUUCUAAUGUCACUAUCAGCAAAUAAUGAGGGACGUAAGAGAUCAGCAGGAAGUGAAAAUAUUUUACACAUACCAUUUGAAAACAACAACUAUAUGAACCACUUGAACAUGUUGUAUCCAGAUAUGUACGGCGGUGCAAACUUCUUAUCCACUGAAAGAGUGAGUCCGGCGAUGACCGUUAACAGUCAAUAUGACUCAGACACCGAUAUUACUCAAAAAAGGAGUGGUUCACAGUAGGUUUCAAGAUUUCAUUAAUGAAUGUAAUCUGAUCUUUAGUACCGUAGUUGUCAGCGUAUUCUUUUCAAGACGCAUUUUAAUCAUUUUGUAGGUUCUACCACGUGCAAACUAAUCUCUGUAGAAAACCAUCGCUGAAUACCACUAAAAUUUGUAGAAUUCGAUAGGUUUGGUGCUCGUUGUUUUGUAUUUGAGGAUCUUGGUUUUUCCCUUGUGUAUGUUAUGGCCUACUGAUGCAGAGACUGCUACUACACUGUUUGUCUUGACCUGCAUUUGUUGAUCUGUAUGGGAUAUACAGCUUCAUAUUUGUUCUAAAACUAACAAAAUUUGACUUGAUUGUGUUCUACUUAGGAAAGUUUUGUGCGUACUCUUCGCAAACUGACAUUGAAACAAACUUGAUUGGCGAUGAUAAUAACAAGACAUAUGGCAAGCUCAAUGCCUCUGUACGUACACCAUCGUUUUAGGACCAGGAGACUUGUAUAUAUCUGAAUAAUGCAUAUACAAUCAUCUUUAGGAUCUAGCGGUUUUUUUUCCAAGUUCUACGUUCUUGAGUUUCGGUUAAGGAUUACAUUUUAUAGGAUCUAGGUGAGUUUUGUUACAGCUUCCUAGUAAAACUAUCACUGAUAACUUGCGUAUUUUAAUCCAAAGAUCAGUUACCUUGAUUGAAAUUUUGGACCGGAAUAUCUAAGUUUCUUUAAACCUAACGUUUUAAACUGCUUCAUUUUUAUGGUCGACUUUUAUCGUAACUCUUCAUAAUUUGGCUAGUUUUCAGAAGGAAUCCAAGUCACUGUUGUUAUAUCUUGUGGUUGAGUGGAUGCAUUGCUAAUGUGUGACGCGAUAAGACCCCCAAACAGGGAGCAGCGAAUUAUCGACUGGAACAGUGACACACGAAACCGUACGAGCAGACUAGAGUGCUAACCGGUCCUGCGAUCUGCCUAGCCCAACCAGUUUAGUACAAAACACCGAUAACAGCCUCAGUGGUAUGAAUC